AUGGGCGACAGGGUUACCGCGAGGGAUGCCAUGGCUGCUGUCAAUGCUCACCGGACCAGAAUGGAGGAGAUUGUGGAGAUGGUGGAUCAGUGUUUCCAAGCAAUGGAGCGCCUCGAUCCAGGAAUUCUUGGAGCCCCUCCUAACCUCCAUAACAUGUCUUUUGCCACGGGUGCUCAGACCAAUACAUCCUACCUGGCUAACAACCAUAAGGGAACCCGUGCCAAUAUGGAGCCUCUCUUGUUCUCCUUUGGGAACAAUCCCAACCGACCAUCAACCAGCCAACCAACUUCUCGGCCGCAAGCAGGAACCAGCCAACAAGGUGCUAGGACCCACACCGAAGCUCCCCCCUUUGUUUUUACCAGCCUCCCUAACCGGUCUCAACCUGAACCGCAACCUCCAGUUGCACAACCUGAGCCCGAUAGAGAGCAGUUUGCACCACCCCCACCAUUUAACCAAGAUCCUCCAAACUGUAGAAGAACAUGGGCUGAUGAGGAUGAAGAAUAUUGGGGGCAGUUUGACAAUAGGAACCAAAGACGACUUCCUACGGUCAGAUUUGAAUUCCCUAGAUUCAGAGGAACGGUAAUUAAGGAAUGGAUCUACAAGGCCGAGCAAUAUUUCUUAUGCCAACAUGUGCCACGAAACGAGUGGAUAAUAAUGGCUGAAAUGUACAUAGAAGGAGAAGCCAUGAGCUGGUACCUUUGGUACACACAUAACCACCAAAACAUGGAAUGGGAUCAACUCAAGGCGGAUCUACAAGUACGAUUUAGAGAAUCAACUCACAUCGAUUAUGAUGUAGAAUUGAAAAACUUGCAACAAACCACCACCGUUCAAGAGUAUCAACGUCAGUUUGAAAAGCUGUCUAGUAUGGUUAAUUGGACACAGAGCGCACUAGUGGGAGCCUUCAUUGGUGGGCUCAAAGAAGAAGUAAAAGUAGAUAUGCAAACUUAUAGGCAUACUGAAUUGAUGGAGUGUUUUAACACGGCAAGAUCUAUUGAGGAUAGAAAUAAGAGAAAGAGCGCACUGUACCGGCCUAAUCGCAAUUAUGGCGCCGGCACUUCUAGACCAAAUCCCGUAAGGACCUUUCCUAACCGAAGGGAAGAGCCACGGCCAGUAAGGAGAAAAGAGCCUAGGGCCUUCUACCGGGAAGCAGCUAGGCCUGCUUUCCAUGAAAAGGUCCUGGUCUCUUACAUAUCUAGACAAGAGCGGGGAGAAAUGAUAAGGAACAACCAGUGUUUUUAUUGCAAAGACAAAUGGCAGAGAGGUCACAUUUGCAAAGAAAUGAGAGUCUACGAAGUAGUGGACAGUGACGAUGAAGAGGCACCUCAAAAUCCGAAUGAGGAACCCGCAAGUUCUGAACCAGAAUCACCCACAGAUCCGAACGUUGAAGAGGGAACGUGUCACUCAAUGAUGGAUCCUAACCAACCCAAUGCAAUGAGGGGAGUUGACGUCGUCUUAGGAGUGAAAUGGUUGGAAACUCUUGGAGUAAUUUCUUGGGACUUCAAGAGCAUGAUGAUGUCAUUUGCUAAGGAGGGAGGUGACACUCCCGUCACCCUCAUGACAAUCAUUACGAUUUUGGCACCCAAGGCCACGUUGAAGGCCAUAGAAGCCCAACAACCAGCGUAUUGGGUUGUGGCUAUGGCAAAAGAUGUACCGGUAACCAAUCCAGAAGAAACUGAGGAAGUGCCCGAAGAAGUGCAGCGGGUACUUGAUGACUUUAAAGACGUCUUCAGUGCACCCAAAGGUUUGCCCCCUAAAUGGUCCUACGACCGCAGAAUUGUCUUGAACAAUGGGGCAGAUGCAGUGAACGUUAGGCCAUACCGAUAUGGCUACCACCAAAAGGCAGAGAUCGAAAGACUUGUAAAAGAGAUGUUAAAAGAUGGUAUCAUAUGUCCUAGCAGUAGCCCUUAUUCCUCAGCCAUUUUGUUGGUGAAGAAAAAAGACAACACGUGGAGGUUCUGUGUUGACUACAGAGCCCUUAAUGCGGCUAUAAUUAAAGACAGGCACCCUAUACCUGUGAUUGACGAACUUUUGGACGAACUCACGGGUGCCACCAUCUUCUCUAAACUCGAUCUCAGGGCUGGGUAUCACCAAAUUAGGAUGUUUGAAGGGGACAUCAAAAAAACGGCUUUCCAAACCCAUGAUGGCCAUUACAAAUUCCUAGUAAUGCCAUUCGGAUUAACAAAUGCACCAGCAACAUUUCAAAGGUGCAUGAAUAACACGUUCAGAAGCCAAUUGUGUGAUUUUGUAUUAGUCUUUUUCAAUGACAUCCUGGUGUACAACAACUCGGUGGAAGAGCACGUUAAACACCUUGCUACAGUCUUAUCUAUACUGCAAGCAAAUACUCUUUAUGCAAAAGGGUCCAAAUUUAGUUUUGGACAGACGUCUAUUGGCUAUUUGGGGCAUAUAGUGUCCCGAGAAGGGGUUAGGGCAGACCCCGAAAAACUGCAAGCCAUGGAGGCAUGGCCACUGCCCAAAGAUCUCAAGGGCUUAAGAGGCUUCCUCGGUCUCACAGUGUACUACAGGAAUUUCAUCCAGGGGUACGGGCUAAUUGCAGCCCCACUUACACAGAUGUUUUAG